AUGGAAAAAGAAGAAGAUGAUCAUCAUCAUUUCAACAACUCAUCUUCAUCAUCUUCUUCCCAAAUAGAAAAAUGGUGUGGCCAUGAAUUCCUCUACAAAUUCAAUGGCUUUUGGUUCACAAAAACAUACCUCAAAACCACCCAACAAGUUCUCCAACACUUCAAACCACUCCCAAAUGAUGUAAUCUUAGCUUCUUUCCCGAAAACCGGAACCACCUGGCUGAAAGCCCUUCUCCACUCCAUAAUCCACCGACAUUCUCCGAAUUCAUCGGACACUUUACUUCUAAACCAUCCGCAAGAACUUAUCCCAUCUCUAGAAACAAAUCUCUACGUCCAAAACGGUAAUUUUAUCCCCACGAUAAUCGAAGAUCAAAAUAACAAGGGUGGUGGUACUAGUAGUAGAAUCUUGGCAACUCACAUACCAUAUCAAAUUAUCGGCGAUCUUUUGCGUAGUUCGUCUACAUGCAAGAUUGUUUACAUCACAAGAAACCCAAAAGACACUCUUAUUUCACUAUGGCAUUUCUUGCAAAAAUCCGGUAACGUUUUCGCGAGCGAUCCGUGGGAACUUCCCUCUGCAGUCGAUCAAUUCUGCAGAGGGAUUGUCCCGUUCGGUUCGUACUAUGAUCACGUCUUGGCCUACAGAGACGAGAGUCGGAAAAAACCCGAGAAAGUGUUCUUUGUUACUUACGAGGAGCUCAAGGAAAACCCGAAUGGUUGUGUCGAAAGAAUUGCGGAAUUCUUGGGUUGCCCUUUCGAAGGCGGUGAAGAUCAAGAUCUUGUGGGUGAAAUUGUAAAGAACUGCAGCUUUGAGAACCUGAGCGGUCAUGAGGUGAACAUGUCCAAUGAGAUGCCGCCAAGUGGAUUUCCGUUGCCGUACAGUUCUUUCUUCAGGAGGGGUGAAGUUGGAGAUCAUGUGAACUAUCUUGGAGAGGAGAUGGUACGGAUGAUUGAUGACGUCACUAGAGAGAAGUUUCAUGGUGGUGGUUUUGUGUAUGGGGUUUAG